CAGCGUGAGGAUCCAGACGAAGCAGAGGGCCGAGAAGGAGCUCCUGGUGCGCCGGAGGGUGGAACUCCUGGACAAGAGCGACGAGGCUCCGGCCGCCGGGAAGCGGCGCAAUGUCGGGGGUAGGCAGAGGUCGGGAGGGGAGAGCGCGAGGGCGGAGAAGGAGGCCCCGAAGGUGGAGGAGAGCGCCCCGGCGGCGGCAGCGGAGGAAGCUGUCGGGGGAGGGAGAGCGGCGGCGGCUGCGUCGAGCUGGUGGAGAAUGCGGGUUCGGAAGUGGAGAGAAAGAGCCAGGUGGCGGGCGGCGGCGAUAAUGUGGCGACCGUGGGGGAGAAGAGCGACUUUGCUAAGGUCAAGGAGACUCUGAGGUUGUUCAACAAGCAUUAUCUUCACUUUGUUCAGGAAGAGGAGAAAAGAUGUAACAAAGAGAAGGCGGAAAAAUCUAAAGGUUCGCAGAAACCUAAACCUAAAUCCAAACCCAAGAAAGGAAAUUCAACAGAAGGAGAUACCAAGAAAUUAGCCAUGAGGCCCGAUCUGAAGGCAAUAUCCAAGAUGCUGGAGACCAAUUGUGUGUUAAAUCCUAAGAAAAGGUUUGGUAAUAUUCCAGGUAUUAAUGUUGGUCAUCAGUUCUUUUCACGGGCUGAAAUGGUUGUCGUUGGAUUUCAUAGUCAUUGGUUGAAUGGUAUCGACUAUAUGGGCCAAGCCUAUAGAAAGGAAUACAGUAAUUACACAUUCCCUGUUGCCGUGGCGAUAGUUCUGUCGGGCAUGUAUGAGGAUGAUCAGGAUAAUGCUGAUGAUGUUGUAUAUACUGGUCAAGGCGGGCACAAUCUAACUGGUGAUAAGCGUCAAAUUAAGGAUCAAGUAUUAGAGCGUGGUAAUUUGGCUCUAAAGAAUUGCAUUGACCAAAAUGUGCCUGUCAGAGUGAUACGUGGUCACGAAUCUAGAAGCAGCUACUGUGGCAAAGUCUAUACAUAUGAUGGACUGUAUCAGGUUGUUAAGUACUGGGCGGAGAAGGGUAUAUCUGGAUAUACUGUCUUCAAAUUUCGGUUAAGGAGGAUGCCAGGGCAGCCCAUGUUGACUACCAAUCAGGUUCAGUUUGUAUAUGGUCGUGCUCCUAACUCUGUGUCAGAAAUACGCGGAUUGGUAUGCGAGGAUAUCACGGGGGGUAAAGAGGAUAUUCCUAUACCGGCUACAAAUUUAGUGGACGAUCCUCCUGUUGCUCCUACAGGAUACACGUAUGUCAAGACUAUUCAAGUUGCAAAGAACAUAGUUCUUCCCUCAGCUUCCACAGGUUGUAACUGCCGAGGAGGUUGCAUUGAUCCAAAAAUCUGUUCAUGUGCUAAAUUGAAUGGUUCUGACUUUCCAUAUGUGCAGCGAGAUGGUGGCAGAUUAAUAGAAGCUAAGGAUGUUGUCUAUGAAUGUGGACCAAACUGUGGCUGUGGACCUGGUUGUGUGAAUCGGGUGUCUCAGAGAGGCAUACGAUAUCGUCUCGAGGUGUUUCGAGCCCCACGAAAGGGUUGGGCUGUUAGAUCAUGGGACUUUAUACCUUCGGGAGCACCGGUAUGCGAAUACAUUGGUAUUCUCAAUAGGGCUGAAGACAUGGAAAAUGCCUCUGAGAAUAACUACAUUUUUGAUAUUGAUUGCUUGCAAACCAUGAGGGGUCUUGGUGGAAGGGAGAGGAGGUCACGAGAUGCAACCUCUGGGACAGCUGAUCAGGUGGAAAAGCAUGAUGAACAGAAAUCUGAGGUCCCAGAGUUCUGCAUUGAUGCUGGUUCAGCUGGAAACAUUGCCAGGUUUAUCAAUCAUAGCUGCGAGCCCAAUCUAUUUGUCCAAUGUAUAUUAAGUUCCCACCAAGACAUUAAGCUGGCUAUGGUUCUAUUUGCAGCUGAUAACAUACCACCAUUGCAGGAGCUCACGUAUGACUAUGGCUAUGCGCUUGAUAGUGUUUUUGGCCCUGAUGGAAAGGUGAAAAGAAUGCCAUGCUACUGUGGUGCAGCUGAUUGUAGGAAGCGCUUGUUCUAAAACAGUAAAACAUUCCAAGUGCUUGUUCCGCUUUCUGUGGUUCUUAUGCUUUUCUUGGCCAAGCAAAUUUUGUGGUAAUGUGCUAUUGCGUAAGCUUGUUUGUUCCUGUAAUCUUGUCUCUGCGGUGACAGGUUAGAUACAGUAGGUUAGAUUCUAUAGCCAGAAACGGAGAGGGAAAGCAAAUAGGUUCUGUUGUGAAAAUCAAAGAAGCGCACGUCAUUUGUCAGUUAAGGAGCCGUUGUGUGUAUUUAGGAUCUGUCAUUUUCCCUUGUCACGACACUUUGGGCUUUGAUUGCCCACCAUAUCUGCAAAUGAAAAUUCAGGGGUGAGAGGGGAAGCAACAAAAAGUGCUUUUCCCUCACUAAAAAAGACUUGGUUUUGUAGAA